AUGGCUAGUCAGAGCCGGAGCAAGAACGCUGCCCAGCAUCCCGUAGCGGGUAGCAGUACCAGCCUUAAUGCCAUGCAUGGCUCGGUGAACGGAGCCGACGACGACGACAGUGAGCCCGUUGCGAAGCCAGCCAUCGACGGGUCCAUCGAAAUAGAAAGUCCGAAGAUAUCUGCGAUGUUUGAUCGCUACUACAAGGACAUUGAUCCUAGAGAGGCAGGCAGAGUGAUUGCGAAGAAGUAA